GCCACGGCCAGCGCGCCGCAGCCCCCGGCGCCCGAGCGGAGUCCCACGGACUCGCUGUCCGAGCCCCGGCGUUGAGCUGCGCGGAGCUGAGCGGCCCGCGGCUGAGGGGGAAGGCUUUCCAGUCGGCAUGGAGAGCUGGACAAGGGCCUAAAGGAAGCUCGCGGAGCGGGCGCCACGCUCGGAUCAUUUCAGCUCCACCCGCUCCGCAGGGCCCAGGAGGCACAGGAACACGUGGGAUUCACGACAGAAACAGCCUCCGCCAGUCAAGAAACCCUCAAAAGUAUUUUGCCAUGGAUGUAGAAGAUGAAGAAAACAUGAGUUCGAGCAGCACAGAUGUUAAGGAAAACUGCAAUCUGGACGGUGCGCCCCCCAAGGACGGCAGCGCCCCAGGGCCUGGCGAGGGUGCCCCGCUCUCCAACGGGGGCAGCGGGGGCACCAGCAGGAAGCGGGCCCUGGAUGAGGGCAGCAACGGCCAUGCCAAGUUCCGCCUGAAGAAGCGGAGGAGGGCGCCGGGGCCAGCACUGCCCAAGAACGCGCUGAUGCAGCUGAACGAGAUCAAGCCUGGUCUGCAGUACACGCUGCUGUCGCAGACGGGGCCAGUACAUGCGCCCCUUUUCCUCAUGUCUGUCGAGGUCAACGGACAGGUGUUUGAGGGCUCCGGCCCCACGAAGAAGAAGGCCAAGCUGCACGCGGCUGAGAAGGCCCUGCGCUCAUUUGUCCAGUUCCCCAACGCGUCCGAGGCCCACCUGGCCAUGGGCCGCAGCCUGUCUACCAACGCGGAUUUUACGUCUGACCAGGCCGACUUCCCUGAUGUGCUCUUCAACGGCUUCGAGACGCCCGACAGGUCGGAGGUGCCCUUCUACCUGGGCUCCAAUGGCGACGAUUCCUUCAGCUCCAGCGGGGAUCUCAGCCUGGCCGCGUCCCCGGUGCCCGCCGGCCUGGCCCAGCCGCCCCUGCCUGGGCCCCCGCCUUUCCCGCCGCCCAGCGGGAAGAACCCUGUGAUGAUCUUGAAUGAGCUGCGCCCGGGACUCAAGUACGAUUUCCUCUCAGAGAGUGGGGAGAGCCACGCCAAGAACUUCGUCAUGUCUGUGGUCGUGGACGGCCAAUUUUUUGAAGGCUCUGGGAGGAACAAAAAGCUGGCCAAGGCCCGGGCCGCGCAGUCCGCCCUGGCGACUAUCUUUAACUUGCACUUGGAUCAAACCCCAUCUCGCCAGCCCAUCCCUAGCGAGGGCCUGCAGCUGCACCUGCCGCAGGUCCUGGCCGAUGCUGUGGCCCGCCUGGUGCUGGAUAAGUUUGGGGACCUGACAGACAGCUUCGCCUCCCCCCACGCGCGCAGGAAGGUCCUUGCUGGAAUCGUCAUGACAACAGGCACAGACGUGAAGGAUGCCAAGGUGAUCAGCAUCUCCACGGGAACAAAGUGCAUCAAUGGCGAGUACAUGAGUGACCGCGGGCUCGCACUCAACGACUGCCACGCGGAGAUCAUAGCCCGCAGGUCCCUGCUGAGGUUUCUGUACACGCAGCUUGAGCUUUACUUAAAUAGCAAAGAUGAUCAAAAGAGAUCCAUCUUUGAGAAGUCCGAGCGGGGCGGCUUCAAGCUGAAGGAGAACGUGCAGUUCCACCUGUACAUCAGCACCUCCCCCUGCGGGGACGCCAGGAUCUUCUCACCCCACGAGCCCAUCCUGGAAGAGCCAGCAGAUAGACAUCCAAAUCGAAAAGCCCGCGGACAGCUGCGGACGAAGAUUGAGUCUGGUGAGGGAACCAUCCCCGUUCGCUCCAACGCCAGCGUCCAGACGUGGGACGGGGUGCUGCAGGGGGAGCGGCUGCUCACCAUGUCCUGCAGUGACAAGAUGGCAAGGUGGAAUGUGGUGGGCAUCCAGGGGUCCCUGCUCAGCAUCUUCGUGGAGCCCAUUUACUUCUCCAGCAUCAUUCUGGGCAGCCUAUACCACGGGGACCACCUCUCCAGGGCCAUGUACCAGCGCAUCUCCAACAUCGAGGACCUGCCCCCGCUGUACACCCUCAACAAGCCUCUGCUCAGCGGCAUCAGCAACGCGGAGGCGCGGCAGCCAGGGAAGGCCCCCAACUUCAGUGUCAACUGGACGGUGGGCGACUCGGCCAUCGAGGUCAUCAACGCCACCACGGGGAAGGACGAGCUGGGCCGCGCCUCGCGCCUGUGUAAGCACGCGUUGUACUGUCGCUGGAUGCGUGUACACGGCAAGGUUCCCUCCAACUUGCUGCGCUCCAAGAUCACCAAACCCAACGUGUACCACGAGUCCAAGCUGGUCGCCAAGGAGUACCAGGCUGCCAAGGCCUGUUUGUUCAGAGCCUUCAUCAAGGCCGGGCUGGGCGCCUGGGUGGAGAAGCCCACGGAACAGGACCAGUUCUCACUCACACCCUGACGGCGUGCAGCACAGCCCCAACCUCACAGCCGGGCUGGGGCAGGUGUGGGUGGGCGGGCGCCGUCCUGGGGGCAGGCGUGCGGUGUGGGGC